AUGACAGCCGUGGCGAAGAGAAGAUUGGAAGCACUGAGCGAGCAGCUAGUAGCUCCUGUUCCUGAUCAAGGAAACUUCGAAAAUAUCCCCAAGCUCAAGAAGAUAGCGCCCGAUUCUAACGGUCCUCGAGUUCAGGGAAAGGUAGUCAUCAUAACGGGAACCAACUCCCCUCUAGGUAUUGGUCGAGCAUCUGCACACCAGUUUGCUCAGAAUGGUGCAAGAGCUGUGUAUAUUUGCGACUUCAACAAUGACAACCUCGAGACACAUAAGCGCGAACUUGCAUCAUUAUAUCCCAACGUCGAAGUACAUACACGAAAAUUCGAUGCGGCAAACGAGGAGUCGGUGAAGGCUGUGGUAGUUGACGCGAUCAAGGCCUAUGGCAGACUUGAUAUAUUCUUCGCCAAUGCAGGCAUUGUUGGGCAGCACAAACUAUUUGCGGACAUAUCUGCUGAGGAGUUCCUCUCCACUCUGAACACCAAUGUCGUUAGUGUUCAAUUAGCGGCCAAAUAUGCUGCACCAGCGAUGCGAAAAACCUCUUCCGAAAAGAAGUAUCCUUCUGGAAGUAUUAUAUGUACCGCCUCGGUAGCGGGUCUUCGAUCAAACGCUGGCUCUACGGAUUACUCUGCUUCAAAAGCAGCUGUGAUAUCGAUUGCUCAGACGGUAUCAUACCAACUUGCCGGCAGUGGCAUUCGAAUCAACGCUAUAUGUCCUGGUGUGAUCGAAACAGGAAUGACGGCUAUGAUGUAUGAAGCAGCAAGAGCUAGAGGAACAGAGAAGAAAAUAGGCCAGCUCAACCCUCUGAAUCGAGGGGCGCACGCAGAUGAGGUCGCAAGAGUGGCCUUGUUCUUGGGAAGUGAGGAAAGCAGUUAUGUCAACGGUCAAGCAUGGGCAGUUGACGGAGGGCUCAGUGCCGGACACCCCUUCGUUCCUGGCAAGCUUGGCUAG